UGUUCUUUGUUGCUUCUUAGUCCCCAAGCAUUUUAGAUGCAUCUUGUUACUAUCACGCUUUGAAGAGCUUGAGUUAAGUAUUUUUCUUUUACCUCACUAAUAAAUCAUCACAACUAACAACAUAAAAAAAAAAGUUGUAUUUUUGUUAACAUUUGACUACGACAAUGAUUCAACCAUUAUUCGCCCUUGUAUUUCUUGAAGUGGCCGUGGUAUUGACCCUCGUAUUCCGAACCCCUUUAAGAAAACCGGUUUUGAUGGCAUUGGAUAGAUCAAAGCAAGGAAGGGGACCUGUGAUAGUAAAGAGUGCUGGAGGAACUUUAUUUGUUGUUUUGGUGUCAAUCUUGUUCAAUGUGACUUUAAUGCAAAACCGUGCAACGGAUUCUGGCACGGUCAAUCCAACUGAUCAAGUUCUAUUGGCUACUCACCUCCUAGAAGCAUCACUCUUGGGAUUUUCUUUGUUCCUUGCUUUGGUCAUAGAUAGACUUCACUACUACAUAAAAGAGCUCCGUCUGCUAAGGAAGACAGUGGAGGCAGAAAAGAAAACAAACCAGAAAGCCCCGGUGGAAGAUGUCACAUCUAAAAGUCCCAGCAAAAGUACAUAGAAUUAUGGAGGCUACAUAUUAUAUCUAAGUUUUACCACCUAUAUUCUCUGUUUGUUUGAUGUUUAGGUUGCCUUAACACGUAUAUUGGACACAUCCUAGUGCAUGACGAUGUUUUUUUUUUUUUUUUUUUUUUUUUGGCCUUUAAUUAUUUUACAGCCCCUUUGUAUUCCUAAGUGUCUGGUUGUAGUUUGUAUGAUUUAUUUAUUCAACGAGUAUACUGUUAUGUGACUGCUACUCUUUUUAUCAAACUGUCAAGAAGUGGAAAUGGAAACGAACCAUAAAUUUUCAAAAACGCUUAAAUGAA